CUGAAACAGGGUGCGCGCGGCGGCCCGACGCGGGAGGUCGGGGGGCAGGCAGACAGAAGUGAGUUUUGGGACCUUCUUUCCGGGGAGCCCACGCGGAGGAAGCCGAGCCCACCUUCCCCGCACGUGGGAGCCGGCCCCACGCCCGCCACGCUCCCCUGGGCGAACCCGCGGCGGCAGGUGCGCGGGAGCAUGCGCCCGGGCGGCCCCAAGCCCGGGGCCCCCGCCCCGCUCUCCCCUCCUCCCUGGCCCCAGCGCCGCUGCCCCGCCGCGCGAGCCCCGCGCUGCCGCUCCGCCCCAGGCCUGUGGCCGGGUCCGCCCGGCGGGCGGCGCGGCUCUGCUCCGGGUAAGGAGGGAGCCGCCGCGCGCGCCGCGUGCCCGAGACCGCGAGGGCGCCCGCCCGCCGCCCCCGGUGUCCCUGCGGCGCCGCCCCCGGUGUCCCCGCGCCCCGCUGGCCGAGGGGCGGGCGCGUCGCCCGCGGUGGGCCGCCGGGCGGGGGGCGGCGGUUGGGGCCGCGCGCCGCCUCUUUCUUUCUCUGUCCCCGCGGGGCGCGCGCUGGGCUCCCCGGGAAGGCGCUGCCCGCUUGUCUCCCACUUUGGACGAGAGAGGGAGGACUCCCAGGCCCUCGCCGGGCGUCGUUUCCUCCCGGGCCACAGUCCUGUGGACGGAGACCCGCACCCCGAGUCCGCCCGGCCCGGCGAUCUGGGUCCUACCUGCCCCCUGCGCGGGACUCCGCCCAGUGCGCGGCGGGACGGGCUCACCUGGGCUGGGUUAUCUGCUCGGUCGGUGCGGGCGUGUCCCCCGUGGGGGCGCUCUGGCGAGCUCUGUCCCUGCCUUUUGCAUCCUCUUAUGGAAGAUGAAAGUCCGCAGAGUGUGCUUUAUUUCGUGUAUGCUUGCAGCCACUUAGAGGGGCGGUCUUGA